UAUGCACACGACGAUUGCUUGCGGCCGUAAAAAUCCGGCCUGAAUUUCGUGCCAAUUUUAGCCUGGUCCGGUUGGUGGGCCGGCCGGGCGGAUGACGUCACGAUAUGAUCUCAAAGCAUGCAAACCAGUACGCGUAGACUCGGGCGAUGAUAUGAUGCGCUGUGCCUCCGUUCUAGGUCUAGUUCUAGCAGUAGCAGAGUCAUUUUCGCCUUAAAUAUCUUUUCCUUCCUCCAUGAUCCAACAGAGGAGUCUGUCAGGCAUGGAGUUCAAAAUCACCGUCUUCCUGAGUUUGACGUUCUGUUUUGUGCCUACCUAUGCGCUGAAUGACAGUCCAGUGAUUGGUGUCCUUUCUCAGAGUUCGGGAAGAUCGUUCAAGAAGUAUGGGGAUGCAUACAUUGCUGCCUCCUAUGUCAAGUUCUUGGAGUCAGCGGGAGCCAGGGUGGUCCCCAUUCUCAUCAAUCAAAACGAUUCCUACUACGAAGAGAUGUUUGCUUCUCUUAAUGGAGUUCUGUUUCCUGGCGGAGGGCUAAAUGACCCAAUCCACUCAGGAUAUGGCAAAGCUGGCAAGGCAUUCUACGAGCUAGCCGUACAGAGUUACAAAAAGCACGGGGAUUAUUUUCCAAUCUGGGCAACAUGCCUGGGUAUGGAACUCUUAACCCAGCUGACGGCAAACAAAAAUGUGUUGACAUCAACAGAUGCUAUUGACACAUCCUACCCCCUCCAGUUAACAAAAGAUUUCCAUGACAGUCGGCUUUUUCGUGGAGUGGACCAGUCUGUGCAGAACAUCCUGUCCAAUGAAAAAGUGACAUAUAACAACCAUCAUUACGGACUCACGCCAACGAAUUUCUCCAUGACAACAGCUCUGAAAGAAUUCUACCGAGUGUUGUCAACCAAUGUCGACAGCAAAGGGAAAACUUUUAUCUCCACUAUAGAAGCGAUAUAUUAUCCAUUCUAUGGCGUCCAGUUUCAUCCGGAGAAGAACCUCUUUGAGUGGAAGUCCAAGAAUAUCAACCACUCAUCAGAUGCUGUGGUGGUCACUCAGUACUUUGCAGAUUUCUUCGUGUCAGAAGCUCGCAAGAACUACCAUUCAUUCAGUGGUGAGACAUUGGAUAAAUACCUCAUCUACAACUACUCUCCCGUCUACACCAAUGGCAUCUCAUCCUUUGAGCAAUGCUACUUCUUCAAAGUGUAGUGUUUCAAGUGCCUGGAGCAGGGGUCCCAAAUUUUUUUUUUUUGGGGGGGGAGAGCACUUGUCUUUUAGGGGCCCAAAAAAUGUAUAGCCUCUCCGAGGGAUGGGACUUCAUUUGGGUCAUUUUACAAGCUUUAAAAAAAGAAGGGGAAUUAAAUAGACCCUGUAGAAUUUGCCUGUCUGUCAUUAUUUUUGUUGAAUUCUUUUUGGGUCUAGUAUUUUUUGUUUGGGUUUUUUUGAGGGGGGAUAUGGCCCUCACCACCCGUAGACCCACCCUUGACCUGGAAAGACGUGGAAAAAGAAAGUGACUAGUGAAAUUGUAUUUGAACCUGCCUUUGCAUGUUGAAGCAGCCAGUGCCAUGAACAAUUGUGCAGAGAAAAAUUAUAGAUAGUCCGAGGGGGCAUGUGCCCCAAUUUAGACAAACUUCUGAAAUGUAACUUAACUUCCUGAACAUAUUGAAUCUUUGUCUGUUUUUUCCAAAACUCCCUUUCCCCUGUUCUUAUUACUACUUUUGAUCUGUGGUUUUUUUUUUAAUUAGCUGGGUGCUGAUGACACCACAUACUGUUUACACGUACACUCUUUCAAAUGUUAAGUUUUGUUAAUUUUUAAAUCAUUAAUUUUCACAACUAGAUGUGGGAAAACAGGUCUUUAACCACAGUGAUGAUUACUUUUAUCCAAUGUCCAUCUCGUCUGUCGUGUACAUGUACACUGUUGGCAUGAAAACAUAAUGGUAAUAAUAAUUCUGGAGUUUCAUAACAUUGUCCCAUCCUGGCUUCCAUAAGAAUGCGCACAAAUUAAUCAAAACGUGACAUCAUCAGUACAGAGGCUUAUUAUUAACCAGACAUGCAGCUUUUCCUCAGAUCAGCCGAUUUCCUCGUUUUUCACUUUGCACCUAUGCCAUUGAAAAUUGAAAAACACUGUACAAAAUCUUGGAAAGAUUGGAAUUUCCUCGUUCUUUGCCAAAGUCCGAGUUACCUGCCUGAUCAAAACAUAGCAAUAUCAUGUCAUAGGUUUUGAAUUAUGAAGUGUAUCGAGUUUGUAAAUUGUUUAUUAUACCGUACAGCAAAUAUUACAUGUCACAUUUAUUUCAUCAUUUUGGAAGCUUUUUACACCUAUAAUGUUUGCAUUUUUGUCAGCGAGAGGAUUGUGAUGCAGCAUCACCACUCAUCUGCUAAUCUCUGGCACUCAUACUUUUUUACUCAGAGUGCAUAAAGGAAAUCCAUCGUAAGAGUGGUUACAUAAUAUGGAUUGUCAACAGAUACCUUUUUUCACACACUCAUGUUGCAUGGUAAGCCUUUCCUUUGAUCAUUUCUAGCGCCAUUCAUCCCUUGGGUGUAAGAAAGAGAAUGUUUCUUACAUCUGUCAUCACAGUUUGUUAAUUGUCUACCUAUUCAGCAUUAUGCAGUAUGUAUUUUUAUCGACAACUUUGUGCUGUAAACUUUUUUUUUUUAAUGGUUCAAAGUGGGUAAGAAAACGUCCAAGUACAGAAAUCUUUGGAGUGUGAUCAGUCAUACUUAAUGCAUGUGCUUCACAUUGUAUGAAUUGUAUAUUUAAAUGACAGUUAUAUAGCAACGGUGUAAUAAUUAUGAACAAGAUAAUUUAGCUGAAGUGAGGUUUUUUAUAUCAAUAUAUUUUCCUCUGCAAAUGUGGGGCUGUAAAGUUGAGCCAACUGUGUGUGUCAUUUUUGCAAUAAUGGUCAGUAUUUUUUAUAUUCUAAUCAGAACCACUGCUUUUAGAAAUAAAAAAAGGAAAUGAA